UUUUAAUAGGUACAAUUAUUUAAAAAUUUGAUAUUAAAAAGAAAUGUUUCUUAAGCAGCAAAUCAGCAUAUUAGAAUAAUUUUUAAAAACAGCAACAAGCACAACCAGAACAACCAGCACAAGAAACAGCUACUCUAGAGGCCAAAUAUGUGUGAGUCUAUUUGAAGUUCUCUUGUGUUGUGAAGUUGUUUUAGUGGCAUAUGACUAGUGGUGCCAGGCACAGAGAGUGCAGUGAGAUGACUGCACAAUGCCUUGCGUAUCUGACAUGAGGAGGUAGAAGAGGGUUAUGUCAUGAAUGUCCCAACAGCACCAUUCCUCAGAUGGACCAGUAGAGAGAGAUUUGAUUGCAUCGACAGCAGGAACAGAGUGUGUAGUAAUUUCAAAGAAUAGAAAGUGACAAGACAAGAGAAAGAUAGGAAGUAAAAAUGGAAUGCAAAAUUGAUAAGAGGAGUACUGCACGAAGAAGAAAAAGAGGGUGAGAGGGAAUGUGAAAAACAGGACAGAGACUUCAGUGAUAGUCCAAACAGAGAGCCGUUUGUCUGACUAAGCCACGGUCCUGUUUCCCUCUGCGCUCCUCCCCUCGCUCAUUCUUUUCUCUCGUUCUCUCAUGUUUCUUUAUCCUUCUGCUCUCUUUAUCAGUGCGGAUUGAGUUCAUGCAGCACUUGAUUGACAAGAGAAAGCUCUCUGUGUCAUGGCAGACCAAGUAUGCCCCAUAUUAUUACUAGAAUCAGUAGCAUCAGUAUCAUAAAGAGCUUGCAUCUUUAAGCUGAUCUCAGACUCGUUCUGCAGCUUCACUUCUACAGUUCAGUUUUGCAUAAGGGGCUGCCCAGGCUUGCUGAAAGGACAGAGGGCAGUGAAGCUUGAAGGAAGAGAGAGUGCUGAUAGGCUGCUUUUUAAUAGUUGGCCUGCGUAGAGGCAGGAGGUUCAGGAGAACUGUGUUCGCUGGCGAAAAAAGUUCUCCUUUGUGUGUAAGAUGAGUGCCAGUCCUGCCACUGGGGUCUUGGACCCCUGCAUUUGCCGAGUGUCUGUGCGUAAGGAACUUAAAGGUGGAAAGGCUUUUUCAAAGCUGGGCUUUGCUGACCUCAACUUGGCGGAGUUUGCUGGUUCAGGCUCCACUGUUCGCUGCUGUAUACUAGAGGGCUACGACACCAAAAACACUCGGCAGGACAACUCCAUUCUCAAGGUUACUAUUGGUAUGACUCUUCUCUCUGGAGAUCCCUGCUUUAAAACGCCUGUGAGCACAGCUAAGACCAUUGCCAUGGCUGGUCAGGACCCCUCUCUGCAGCUGGACCGCAAGGGAGAGGGCACCGCUGACCACUCUGCACCGUCCCUCGGUGGCAGCACUCGCCGAUCAGUCAAGAACAGACCCUGUGCGAACAACUCUGGAGGACUUCAGGAGGGAUUAGAGGAGAACCUGUCCAGUCCAGAUGAAGUGUUUAACACGGGACACUCUCGCAACUCCAGCUUUGCCAGCCAACAGAGCAAAAUCUCAGGUGGGACUCAGGGCACGAUCAAAAGAGCAUCAGGCUACAGUACGGAGCACUCGCACUCCUCCAGCCUGACAGAUCUGUCCCAGCACCGGAGGAACACCUCCACCAGCAGCAGCAACACAUCAGGAGGGACGUCUACAACUAUUGAGAGCCCUGUAGAACCAGAGAGAGAGGUGGUAAAACCAGAGAGACCCCAACGUCCUCCACGACCUGCUCUGCCUCCAAACAGACCCUCAAGGAGAAAGAAGGACUCUGUGGAGAACCAUCCCACAUGGGUGGACGACACGCGCAUUGAUGCAGAUGAUAUUGUGGAGAAGAUUGUGCAGAGUCAGAACUUUGCAGAUUUUUGCGACAUUGAAGACAGUAAUUUAACACUGUUCGUCAGUAGGGAUGGAACCACAGCAUUAAGUGGCAUCCAGCUUGUCAACAGGGUGUCUGCAGGUGUUUUUGAACCGGUGGUGAUUGAGAGCCAUUAGAUCUCCGAGGCCACAGCAGUCACUCUCUCACACAGCCACUUUUCAUUUGUAAAUGAUGUUGAGAGCAAGACAGGGACUGGAUGUCAGAGUGGGCACCUGACUCCACAACUUGCUCCUCUUAUGGGUCUGACAUAUUACUCGCCUAUUACAACUGUAACACCCUAAUCAUUAAUUACAUUUGCUAAAAAAACAGUGGUGGGUACGAUCAUUGUUCUAUGAUUAAGAAUGAAUUAAUCAUAAAUAAUUUACAGCGGAUUCUGAGAAUACAAACUACUUGAAAUGAGGCAAGAUGGGAGCUUCAGUCUAACACUGUGAAAUAUGAGGGCAGUCCAAAGGUUUUAGAAAGAAAUUCAGUUCAAUGUUAUAUUCAAAUAACAGCAGCUUUUCAGAUAUUAUUUAAAGUUUUGAAGUGGGAUGAUUUAAUGUCUUAUAUUUCUCUGUGAUGCAUUAACACCCCUUUUAUAUACAAACCACUGAAAUCCACCUGCCCUUGGGUACAUUCUAAUAAUGCAGUUUAGUCAGUAACCAACCCAUUAGCCUGUGAUAAACAUGGAAUAAUAUGCAUAAAAUCAUGUAUGGCUGGCCAUACAAAUAUGUCUGAGGCAAAGAAAACAGUUAAGCCAUCCCCCAAAUAACCACUUUCAGUAUCUCAACACUUGUGCUUGUUUCUCAGAGGUGGGCAGUAGUUUACUUACAUAUGUUCCAGCUGGACUGGUGAACAUUAAAUACAAAAAUAUACUGUACUGCCCCCCUCUCUUUCUUUCUCUUUCUUUCUCUUUCUCUUUCUCUUUCGUAAGUAAAAUUCCCGGUGUAUUUCUAACUUUGUCUGUCAGUGUUUGUUUCACUAUUCAAAUCUUUCACUUUGCUGCUGAUUUCAGCUUAGAAUAUUCAUGUGGCUGUGAGUUUUGGCUCUGAAAGCACUGCCAAGUCAUUUGUGGCAUUCUGUCACUAAUGACUUGUCAGUAUCAGAAUGUCAUAGCCCAGUGAGAUCCUACAAGAUGCAGUUAAAAUAUUACGAGCAAUCGAUUUGGAGAAUCCUUGUUUUACAUGCAGCUGAAUAAUUGCAUUGUUUGUAGGGCUAGAUCAGAGACCGUGACUCACAGUCACACGUCUGUCCUUGGCAGUCGACUGCCUCUGUGUUUCUGGUGUGCAUGCAAUAGGAAACAGUGUACAACAGGCAUGACAGUGAAACAGAGUGAACGGAAAGCUCAGUUUUCAGUGUUUCUCUGUCAUACACUGCUUGUUUGUCAUCUGAUUAGCUAUUCAUGAUCUUUGUCAUGGAGAUGAAUCUUUCUCAGUUGAUCUGAGAGCAUUCACCACAUUCAAGACUGACAUUGUGAGUUUUAGUUGUCAGUUGAGAGAAAAGUGCAAUGUGGGCCUGUUAUUUUGUUAAAGCCCAUUUUAAUGAGUUCUUUCAGGGAAUUUAGCCCUUAAAUAUUUCACUUGUCCAGUGGCUUAAAAUGACACGUUUAAACAGAAUCACUGUUCACUAGUAUAUACUGCAGAUGUGAGGGUAUUUGUGUUUUAAAAGUGUUUUAAAUUAAUAUAAAUUUUCUUGUUAUUCAUGCCAUUUAAAGUGAAAAAACGAGUCUGUGGCAUGAUCCAGCUGAUUCUCUGCAGGAUAAGUACACAUGGGAAUUAAAAAUAACACUAGCUUUUAAAGGGCAAAAUAUACAGUAUGAUAGUUAUGUGGCCUGAUAAAGCCUAGUGUUCUGGAUGUUUCUGCUUCGCUAGUAUAAAGGGAUUCUCUGAAGACACUGAAAAACAUAUCUAAUUGUUCUUGUUGUUUACUCUUUGUCUUUCUUCUACUCUUACACAAAAAAGCUAUUAGCAACUAAGAACAGUAACUUCAUCCUGUCAUUUUUGUAUUUUCGAGCCAGCAGGCUGGUUCAUUGGAAUCUGUUUCAGGGGGAUUUUUCCCCUCAACCGUGGUGUUAAAUAAUUCUUUAAAGUCUACCAUUUGUGAUGAUUAAUGUCCAUCUGUGGUUCUUGUUUAUUCUCUCUUCUCUCUCUUUCCCUUACAAACACUUUUGUAAUGUUUUUAGUCAUAAUUGACUAAUCUGUGAUCUUUCUAAUGCAAAAGAGAAUCUAUAUAUAUAUAUAUAUAUAUAUAUAUAUACAAUAUACACACACACACACACACACACACACACACACACACACACACACACACACACACACACACACUUGAUUUAAGGCGCUGUUGCAGGGAGCAGACUGGGGUCUGUAUGCAAAGAUGGAAGCAAUGUCAUUUAUGGUUUUUGUACAUUUCAGUAAUCUGGAGCUCAUGUUCUCUUUAAAAAAUAAGGUUUAAUCAAUGCACGCGUGUUCAUUUAUUUAAAUUGUUAAUAUAUAAGGACUGACUGUUGAGCAGCACAGGCUCCAGGAUACUGAAACCUCAAAUGAUAAUUAUGUAAAGUACAACAGCACUUAAAUUCUGAAGACUAACUAAUGUCACUCACGCAUUCUCCAGAAUGUUUAUCUUCAUUUCUCCUUUACUAUCAUAAAUGAUGAAAGCUAUGCACUUACAGAAAGCUUUCCAUGAUAACAUCCAUAUUAAUGACAGCAACGUUCAUAAAGUAAAAUAUAUUCUGGAGAUUUCUUUAAAAAUUAUAUAACAUAUAGUAUAUAAAUGAAUUUACCACUAAAGUACUAUGGAAAUGAAUGUAUUUUUCUGAUUGUGACAAAUAUUUAUAUAUUAAGAUCACACAUAAGCAAUGUGGUGUUGCUCCAAAGUUUUCUCGUCUUCUGUUUGGUUUCAUGCAUAGAGAGGAUGCUUUCGAAUGAUGGACCAGAGCUAUAUUUCUACACUCAAAUGUGAAUGUUUCUUUCUUUAAUGUAACUGUCAGGUGAGAUUAUCUGUAUGCAUUAUUUUGGGGAAAUAAAGAUCAUGUUGGGUAUCAUAAUAAAUAA